AUGUUCCCCUCUACCAAGUCUCUCGCAGCUAUCGCAGUUAUCUCCGCUACGUUUGCGCGAGUCACUGAAGCCCAGUGCGUCGCGGCCCGCACAUAUCUUCACAACAGACCUUUCAUUGACGAUGUUAUCACUAUGGAGCUCUGGCACUCAGGUCGUAAAGUCUGUUCUGAGCGCGCAUCAGCUUUUUUCGCCGAUAAUGAAGACUUCUACCAAUGGGAUUGCCCUGACCUUGAUGAGCCUCGAGUCAGCUGGCGAGUCAAGACUUGGGAGAAUGGGCAGCAGCUUGAAAUCUCCACUAUGAUUGGGGAACAGGAACUGAAAGCGUACGACAUCGAGAAUAAGGACACAGACUACAAUGACUGGUGCGAUGCGUGGACUGACAAUGGAUGCAAGGCGAGGGCAUCAUCUUACGAGAGCUGUCAUUGGAUUUCUAGUGUCUGUACCAAUGAUAUGACAUACUGCACACUUUGUGGAGUACCUUUCACCAGGAGCCUCAACGACGCCUGGAUUGAGAACGUCCGGGCAGUUUGGAUUGAGGGUACAAGCUGGAAUCGCACGGCCGUCUCUGGCGUUGGACGAUGGGGAGAAUACGAUGAUGACCCUUGUGUGCCUGUCCCAACAGGUCGCCAAACUCGCUACGACAGCCACUCUGGCCCGGGCCCUAACAUAGAGGUGGGCUUGGCGCCAGGCAAUCCAACAGUGUACCUGAAUCCCGACGCAGCCGAUGAACCUUGGGGUUAUGGCUUCCAUGAGUCGUGCUGCUGUUUCCGAUCACUGGAAGCUAUACCUCAGACGUUUCGAUCUGACCCGUACCACGUUCCUGGGCUUGUCAAUGCCAUCAAUGGAGCGGCACGCCUACAAAACGACGUCUUGAGUCACUUGGAACCAACGGUGCAAAGUCUCCAAAGUGACAACGUGCGCUCCCUACGACUUGCGUCUCCUGUCUUUGCAACCUUGGAGUUAUCCGAAAGGUUCUGGGCAUCGCGCUUCCAACCUGGUCACGAAUUUGAACAUUUGCCUGAAGUUCAUGACCGACCUCCUGAAUCUUGGAGGGACUUAUAUCUGUUUCUCAAGAUCUGGGCACGCGGGAUCCCAAGUAUGGCCAACCGCCAGCGGGUCUGGGGCCUUGCUAAGCGUCUCCAAGCCACCCUUACUCAACUUGACGGUGUUUCUUGCCAAGGAUCUGCUUUGGGCACGUGGUUCGAAACUACGCCUGAUGGCCCGGAUCAAAACAUGCCCGAAGCUGAAGCUUCAUGGCAUACAGCUUCACGUGCCGUUGCCAGCCCAGGAAAAAGCUUCUUCUACGGCUCUCGAGUCCUGAGGGCCCGCGCCCUAUACUUUCCAGAGCCUGUGAAACUCAGGCAGAUGUCCGUGUCAUUCGUUGAUACGGCCGCUGGAAGGUUCAUCUCUGGUUUCAAUAUGAUCGAUGAACAUGACAGAUCUCAUGCUUUAGGUUACCAGCAUGGGAAUGCUAUGUGGCGUAUUUCACUUCCCCUUGACGAGCCUAUUCAAGGAUGGGAACUCGCCAUGAACUUAUCCGGGAUCAAAGGAAUUGCUGCAGUUCAGAGCGACGGAAAACUUACUUCUUGGGCAGGCGAGUCAGCUGGACUUCCGAGGUGGCGAUUAAAAGAGGCCCAAGGAGUUUCUGCAGUCAAAGCUGAAUUCGACAACUGGCUGAACAACUGCCUAUGGUAUCCUGAAGUACCUAAGGAGGGAUUGCUAUUCAACGGAAGCAGAGGUGAUAAGCCACGACCCAAAUACAAUCUUCCAGUGAUCACCGUCUUCUUUGGUGAAUCAGAUGAUCGAUAUCUGUCGCAACUGUCGGAGAUUGUCGUAUGGGUCUUUGACAUUUGUCAUGUGGCUGGAGUCGAGUUCCGCUUUACAGAUAGUUCAUAUAACCGCCAACUUGGUUAUGUUGGCCUGUUUGACAAAAACUAUCCCGCUCGUAGGAACUGCUCCGACUCUUACGACAGCACUGUAUCUUUCUCUAUUGACGGCUCUUCUGGUGAGCGACUGUCUAGCAUCGAGGUACAGACAAAGGGGACAUAUGUAGUUGGGUUGAAGAUUCGAGGCAACCUAGACCGAAGUAUUCAAACGCCUGACUACCCUUACGGAACAGAUAAAGGCUGGGUUACUGUUCACGGAAAGGGAUCUCAAAUUAUUGGCAUGUUUGCUUCUCUUGCUCGACCCUUCUGGGAUCUUGGCCUCAUAUCUGUUUAA